UACACAUCGCAGAAUUUGACUAUAUACUUGAUGCACUGCUAAGCUCAUGCUGCUCUCUUACUUGACCCUCUUCUGUCCUGCACUUGGCUCGACAGAAGAAUCUGUCGCUGAUCAGCUCUUAUUCUACACAGAUGCGUCGGCCACGUCCACAUUAGACCAACAGCUUCGCAAUAUUGGCUUGAUUCAAGGCAUCCUCGAGCUUGGCCGCUCCUUCUCCCCGAAAGAUCAUGCGUCCACAUCGCAUCGACCACUCAGAUGCAUCAAGAGCGAACAGACCAUGGCUGUUGUCACUGAACUCGAGCCCGGAAUCUGGUGCUGCUUGUGUGUUGAACUACCAAAAGCAAACGAUGCACAGACUACAGCUAUCCCUGAGACGGAGAUGUUGCCGCAUCCUUUGCAAAUACAGUGUCAGCUACAUGCUGCUCAUGACUUGUUUUGCGCCUCUUAUGGAAGACUUGGCGCGAUGAUUUUUGAACGCAAUCACGAGACUGGUGCUGAUCGAAAAGCAGAAGUGAUGAGUCGGCUUGAAAAGUACUGGUUGCGCUGGGCCUGGCGCUGGAAGCCGCGACCUGCUGGUGUAGAACUGAUUUAUGGUCACAAGGCAGCACUCGCGUCCCACAAAGAAUUGACGUCUUUUCAACAGCAGCAACUGGAGCAGUACUGGAGUUCUGUACAGAGUGACAAAGGAGCUCUUCUAGCGCUACACAACGGUGCAUGGCUAUGGAAUACUCCCCGUCUUGACCGAGCAAAACGACGACUACUACAGCAAGUCGUGGCGGAGACCAGUCAAAGCCAAGAGAAGAGACUGAGUCAGCUGGCCUCGUCUGCACCUUAUCAGCAGUCGACAGAUGGUGCAGCUGGUGGGCGGUCAUGGCUGGAUGGCAAGGUCUGGGCGGACAGUACAAGAUCUGUACUGACUGCCUUUCGCUCCGUCUCUGGUGCUCAGGCUACAGCGCCUCCUGAACAGAGCGGUGCGGAUGAAGAAUCAAAUGGGAUUUGGGUGUAUGGCAAGGAGGUUCAUUUGAUAUGGCUUCCAACGGACGAUGAGCAACAAGACUGGCAGCAGCAUCGGUUCUUGCUAUGGAAACAGAAGGAUUUGACAUUUGCCUUCAUCUUUGAACCGGAGCAUCCAUUGCCAGAUGGUCUGCUCGAUGCAGAUGGCCUACAAACACUGUACAAGACGCUCUCUGUCCAGGAGGAGAAGGCACUCGACCAGCAAAAGCCAACAGACAAUGGAGCUUCUGACUUCUUCAGCUUGCUCUAUGAUGGGCAGCGUGGUAUCGUGUCAUCCACACUGCCGGAUGUUGAAACUGCAUGCCUUGAAGAUCGUCAAGACACGCCGCAGCAGUUGCUCGUCAAGCGCAACACCGUCCAUUUACAUCAAUCACUCUACAACCUCUUUGCCGACUACCACAAUGGCACUGGCAGUGAGCAAGAACAAAAGAAGGCGCAUAAACAGCGGCUGAUCCGGACGGCACGCAAUAUCUGGGUGGUGAUGGAGCGGGAAGGGCGGUGUGAGGUUGUUUUGUGCAAGAGUGCAGCUGCUGGAGAUACCGCGGAGUCUAUCUAUCGAAAUGCAUCGGUGCAGAUGAGGCAGAUGCAGAACUAGAUCAUGCUCUCAGCCCGAGGCCCUCUUCCAUAGCCCGAUAAUCUACCUUGACUAAUUCAGCG